AUGAAAACGGGUGCCAGCGAAUACGAGCUAAAAUUUAUGACCCUCGCAGAUAGGAAGGCCACUUUGCGAGCGAUUCAGGAUAAUCGUGACCAUACUGAUAAGACACAGGUUUGCUGGGAAUAUAAACGCGUUUCCAGUUGCUGUAAGAUCAUAUUCGAGAGAUCGCAGUACCCAAGAACAGUCACCAUGCUUCCGAGUUGGCUAACAGAGGAGUACAUACAGAAGGCACUGCGGGAUUUUCACAAGGACGCGAAGCUUCGAGUCCAGAAGGUCUGGGCCAAGCCAGCAACGGAGAAGGGCGAGAACUUCGUGGGCGUAAUGACUCGUAUCUUUGUGGACUUCGUGCAGGGAGAUGGAGCUGAGCAGAAGAAGUCCUACAUCCUGAAGCAAGCCGUUCCCUCGGACGCUCCUCAGGCGAAAAUCUUCAAGGAAUACGAUGUUUACAACAGGGAACUGCAUAUGUAUGACAUUGUUCUGCCGAAAAUGGCUAAGAUUCUCCAAGGGGCUGACUUCAACGAUAAGCUGAUGGCGGAGGCCAUUAUCGUUGAUCGGGAGCGAACCAUCAUGAUCCUCGAGGAUUUGGCUCCGCUCCGCUACUCGAAUGCGGAUAGGGUGAAGCAACUGGACAUGGCCCACACCAAGCUCGUCCUGGACAUGCUGGCCAAGUUCCAUGCCUCAGCCAUUAUCCUGAACCAACGCGAACCGGAUCUCCUCAACCGGAACUACGCAUCGCACUUCUUUUCGCGGGGCAAAAAGGGUUACGAGGAGGUCUUUAUUGGCCUGUUCAGGGCAUUCAUCAGGUAUGUGAAGAGCAGGCCCAACUUGAGGAAUCUCUAUGCGGACAAGCUGGAGCAUAUCAUCGGCAAUUUGAUGGGAUAUGCUGCCCGAUCCGUCGAUGUGGGGGAGAAGGACCUGCAGACGUUGGUGCACGGCGACUGUUGGACCACCAAUGUGAUGUACCUGCACGACGACGAGGGCAAUCCCACCACUGUCCUGCCCAUUGACUUCCAGUUCAGUACUUGGACAUCGCCGGCAGUCGACUUGCAUUACUUCUUCAGUACGUCGCUGAAGGCAGAUGUGUUGGCGAAGGAAACUGAGCUUGUCCAGUAUCACUACUACGCCCUUAAAAGGACCUUGGAAGCGCUUUCCUACAAGGGGUUCUUCCCCAGCCUGUUCGAGUAUCAGCUUCAGUUCGAGAGACGGAGAUUCAUGAGUGUGAUUAUUGCCAACGUAUUUCAACCCAUUAUGGUGUACCAUGGCAACGAGGACUGCGAGUUCAUAAAUCUCUAUCAGGAUACUCCAGAAGGCAUCAAGUUUCAGGACUCGAUGUAUGAAAACGAAGAGAUUCAGAGAAGAAUUGACACAAUAUUACCCAUCCUCGAUGCCAAAGGCUUCUUGGAGGCUCAUUAAAUAAGACUUUUAUUGAAUAUACAAUUUUAUUAAUAAUAAAAUCAAUGCGAUUUGGGUGCAUAAAUAA